UUCUGGACAUUGAUUGUUAAACAUUUUCUUACUUAUAUAUAUAAUAAUAGCUUGAAUCUGACAUAUCUAGCAAAACUAUCGASGCUGAAACUGCAGACUAUUUAUAACAAAGUACAAAACUGAUGAUAUUGACAUCAAAAUGGCGUCGAUGUUUGGCUGUCUUGUGUCUGGUCGUCUGGUUCAAACAGAUGCCCAACAAGUAGGUCCUUCACAAGUUGUUUUUAACAUAGCUGACAUAGAGAAUGUCCAUCACUUGGUGGUGUUCUUAACUGGGUCCAUACCAUUUCCUGAUGGAAUGGGGGGGUCAGUGUAUUUAGGAUAUCCUAGUUCACAGGGACCCCAAUGGCAGCUGCUUGGCUUUAUUUCUAAUACCAAACCAAGUGCAAUAUUCAAGAUAGAUAAGGCCAAACCAGAAGAUGUUGUCAGCAAUCCAUUUUCAUUCCAAGUUUCUCAACAAGACCACACGGCAGCUCAAAUAGGAAUAUCCAUUGAACCGUUAGUUCAACUUGCACAGCAAACACCAAUAGCCAACUCCACACCAUCAACAUUAAACUCUUUUGUUCAAUACACACAAAAAAUGCUGGAAAACUUUGUCAAUUUUUCGAUGUCAUUUGCUGUCACUCAAGCUGAAAUGACUCCAAAUCCACAAGAAACAUUUGUYCCGAUGAGUACAGUACAAAAAUGGUACGCAAACUUUGAGAGAAAGCUUACCGCUGACCCUAAUUUCUGGAAAAAAUAGAGGCUCUGGUUAAAAUUGUUCACAGGAACAAAGAACUAGUAAUACGAGACGUUAACUCUAUUGUAGGCACAUGUUAGAAUGCUCUAACAUCUAAGGACCAGAAAUUACAGGUGCGGUUUGGAAUUGCGAAGGUGUUAGUGAAAAUCAGUAUGGCUGGCCUGGCCAGCCUCGUUUUCACGUUUUGUUACAUUUCAAAUGCUGGUAACUCUGCUGAUAUUCAACAUUUGAAACUAAAACUCCGCCAAUUUACUAGUUGCGAUAUACURCUUCUCUCGGUGAAAACAAAUGUUUAAAAAUAUGGACCGUUUAAUGUGCUCAUUCCAAGUCUUCUGCUCGUUUUUCUUAUGGCCAAUAGUAAGUUAGAACCAGGGUACAUCAAUGAAUCCACCUGCAGUAAAGCCAGCAUUUAUUACAUUAAUUAAUAACAGCAAAACAACGUCCAACAUUAGAGCUGUGACGAAAUGUAUUGAUAAAUUGACAAUAGUCUACAAAUACUAAGUAUAUCAGAUGGAACUGAUCAUUGUUAGCUGCGUAUUGUCUAGAGCAAGAAAAUUAUGCACAAUUUGACCGGUA